AUGGGCGACAAGAUGAAGGCGCUGCACUACGAUGGCCCGUUCAAGGUGUCCAUCAAGGAGAUUGAGAGGCCCAAGCUGAAGCAUCCCGACGAUGUGAUUAUCAAAGUCACCACCACGUGCAUUUGCGGCUCCGACCUCCACAUGUACGAGGGCCGCACUGCUGCCGAGCCCGGCCUGGUCUUUGGUCACGAGAACAUGGGCAUCGUUGAAGAGAUUGGACCGGGUGUGACGCUGCUCAAGAAGGGAGACAGAAUCGUGCUGCCGUUCAACGUGGCGGAUGGCAGGUGCCGCAACUGCGAGGAGGGCAAGACGGCCUUCUGCACCGGUGUCAAUCCCGGCUUUGCUGGUGGUGCAUACGGAUAUGUCGCCAUGGGUCCAUACCAGGGUGGACAGGCGCAGUACAUGCGUAUUCCCUUUGCGGACUUCAAUGCUUUGAAGCUUCCUCCGGGCACGGAGAAUGAGGCCGAUUUCGCAUUGUUGGCCGAUAUCUUCCCCACAGGCUGGCACGGGCUGGUCCUGAGCGGCUUCAAGCCUGGCGAGUCGGUGGCUGUCUUUGGCGCUGGACCGGUCGGGCUCAUGGCAGCCUACUCCGCCGUCAUCCGUGGUGCCAGCAGAGUGUUCGUCGUUGACCAGGUCAAGGAACGCCUGGACCAGGCCCAGAAGAUUGGCGCCACUCCCAUCAACUUCAAGGAGAGCGAUCCCGUCGAGCAGAUCAUUAAGGCCAACGACGGUAUGGUCGAUCGGGCUGUUGAUGCCGUUGGGUACCAGGCCGUCGACAAGGGCGGUAGCAAGGAGCAGCCGAACAUUGUCCUUGAUCAGCUCAUCAUGGUCACUCGUCCUACCGGCGGUCUGGGCAUUCCAGGCUUGUACGUGCCCUCUGAUCCGGGCGCUCCUGACGCACAAUCCGGCAAGGGCCAGAUCUUGAUGUCGUUCGGCAAGCUGUUCGAAAAGGGUCUCUCGCUCGGCACCGGGCAGUGCAACGUCAAGGCGUACAACCGGUACUUGCGUGACUUGAUCAUCAGCGGCCGCGCCAAGCCUUCCUUUGUCGUGUCGCACGAGUGUGGCCUUGACGAAGCUCCGGAGGCGUACGACAAAUUCGACAGGAGAGUUGAGGGGUACACCAAGGUGUUGGUCCACCCCAACGGCCCGCUCUAG